AGGCGAAGCCACUCCGGAGCGGGAGGGCGAGGCGUCUGCAAGGCGCAGAGGAAGGACUCUUUGGGCGACCUGCUUGUUCCUUCGGAUGGCCAAGCCCAGCCAGCCCUGGCCUCCUGCCUUGUGUUGCUACUAGCCAGAGAGACGGGCAGCUCGCCUCCUUCCUCGCCUCCUUCUCUUUCUUCGCCGCCAUGGGAGACGUCCUCUCGGCACACCUGGACGAGGCCCGCCGGCAAUUCAUCGCAGAGAAGACUAGCAAUGUCCUUGCCGACUUCUGCCGCUUCUACGAGGAGCAAUUUGGCGUCGCGCUCUUUAACAGCGUCCGGUAUGAGAUUGAAGGUGGCGGAGGACCCCAGCCUCAGCUUCUCCAUCGAAAGGUCCCGCUGGACGAAUGCACCAUUUUCUCGGGGAACCUCUUCCAAUACUUGGAGGAGAACAAGAAGUGGAGGAACCGGUUCAGCCUUGUGCCCCACAACUAUGGGCUGGUGCUCUACGAAAACAAACUGGCCUUUGAGAGGGGGCUUCAGCCUCGCAUCCUGAUCAACAGCGCCGGCUACAAAGUCCUCACCUCCCUGGAACAGUACCUGGAGCUGCUCAAUAGCAACCUGCCAGGCCCCACGCCCAAAUCGGGCAAUGCCUCCAUCCUGAAAUGCCCCACUGAGUUCCCGCUCAUCCUUUGGCACCCGUACGCUCGGCAUUAUUACUUCUGCGUCAUGACCGGCAAGGAGCAAGAGAAGUGGCGAGCUGUCUUCCAAGACUGUGUGCGACACUGUAACAAUGGAAUCCCAGAAGACUCCAAAGUGGAAUCCCCUGCCUUUACGGAUGCCGUCCGCAUGUAUCGCCAGUCGAAGGACCAGUACGGCACUUGGGACAUGCUUUGUGGCAAUGAGGCACAGGUCUUGAGCAACUUGGUGAUGGAGGAACUCCUCCCUGAACUCAAGAAUAUGAUCGGCCCUCGACUGAAGGGCAAAGCCCAGGAGAGGCACCGAGUGUGGAUCCAGGUCUCCGAUGCUGUGUACAAGAUGGUCUAUGACCAGACGAAGGCCCGUUACGAUGCAACAGUGACCACGUGUGAGCUUCAGGUCCCCAAGCUGAAGGGCACCAUCCGUACAGACAUGGAUCAGAUUAUCCAGUCCAAAGAGCACUUGGCCAGCAAAAUCAGAGCAUCUGUCUUCUCCAAAGCCGAGGUCUGUGUCCGGAACCACGUCCAACCUUACAUCUCGUCCAUCCUGGAAGCCCUGAUGAUCCCCACCAGCCAGGGCUUUGCUGAGGUCCGAGAGGUCUUCUUCAAGGAGGUCACCGACAUGAACUUAAAUAUUGUCAACGAAGGGGGAACGGAGAAGUUGGGGGAGUACAUGGCAAAACUUUCACAGCUGGCUUUCCACCCAGUGAAGAUGCAACCCUGCUAUGAGAAGAUGGACCAGCUGAAAUUGGAAGGGCUGCAGCAGAGGUUUGAUGUGUCCAGCGCUUCGGUGUUCAAGCAAAGGGCUCAGAUCCUGAUGAGGCAGCAAAUGGACGAUACCGUCUACACCUUUGAGACGCUCCUUCACCAGGAGCUGGGGAAGUCGCUCAGCAAAGACGAGCUCUGCAAAACCAUCCAGCGCAUCCUGGAGCGCGUGCUCAAGAAAUACGACUACGACAGCAGCACGGUGAGGAAGAAGUUCUUCCGGGAAGCCCUCCUGCAGAUCACGAUUCCCUUCCUGUUGAAGAAACUGGCUCCCACCUGCAAGGGGGAUCUGGGAAGAUUCCAGGAGCUGAUAUUUGAGGACUUUGCCCGUUUCAUCCUGGUGGAGAACACCUACGAAGAGGUGGUGCUGCAGUCCGUCAUGAAAGACAUCAUGAUGGCUGUGAAGGAGGCAGCCGUGCAGCGGAAGCACAACCUGUAUCGUGACAGCAUUGUGAUGCACAACAGCGACCCCAACCUGCAUUUGCUAGGGGAGGAUAAGCCCAUCAAUUGGGGGGAAGAAUUUGGUGAGGGCGAUUCGGACCAGUUGGACGAGAAGCAACGCCGGGCCAAGCAAGUGGUGUCCGUCAUCCACACGGAUGAAGGGAACGUACCUUAUGAUGUCACCUCCUUGGAGAUGUCUCCGGAUGCCUCGGAGCCAGAGGAAUUGGAGAACAGCCCAACACCGGGGUCUCCCAACAGCUUGAAGGAGCUGCGUACGAUGUUGGUGAAGGAGUUCCAAGUGGAGUCUCCCAUCGCCGUUGCUGGGAAGGCUGAGGAACAGCUGAGCAACGGCACCAUUAUCCAAGAGAGCAAGGUUGUCGCGGAGGGGAAAGCAGGCGAACCUGAGCAAGUGACCGCUGACCAUCUCCCAGGAAGUAAACCAGAAGCCACAAACACCACAUCUGGAGCUGAACCACCUUCCCGAGGAGAACACCUUGAACCGGGCGACAAGGAGACAGGAGAAGUGGCCGCUCUGGUCCAUGAGGUCAAAGCAGAGCCGUCCUCAGAGAACAGCCCAGUGGUCACAGACAACAGCGAGGGGGUACAGACUCAAUUCUAGGAAUCGUGACCCUCGCUUGCUCAUGAGAGAGGUUCUCUCUUGACUACCUAGACACCAAGAGGCUGACACUGCAAAAUAGGGGUGGGAGGUGGGAAUGGAAGAGCCCCUAGAUUGGUCCCAUAACACCCUUCCUUUUAUGCACUGGGUCCCUUUGGAGGACAUGGCCUUCUUCUUGGAGAAAGGACGGAGUGAAGCAGCUGCCUCUUGGAAGCAGGGUUGAACUUUCUACUAGGCCUUUGGAGCCACGGCUUGAGUUGCUCCCCCAACCCUUGUCCUUUGCACCUUUUCUCGGUCUGUCUUUCACAAUGGGAGGGUGGUGGGUUUGGGUGUUGGUUCUCCCCUUUCUUUUGAGGGACACUUUAUCCAGGAUGCUAAGAAAUGGAGCACCACAACAAAGAAUGGCAGCUGGAAUCUGUUUGGCAAACUCUUUCUUCUAACUUCUGGUCCCCUAGUUUGUUUAUUUGUUGAAGCUCUUUAGAUGCCUUCACCUAACUUCUUUCCUCCAGUAGAUGUGAGAAUUUGAUUCUUUUCCUUCUUUAAAAUUAAUCGGUUGGGUGUCUCCAUUUCACAUCUCUUCGGUUUAACUAUAAUAGGUUGGUCAAUAUCAUCCCGGUUGAUUUUUUUUGGGGUUGAUGGUGAGAUGUGUUCCCAUCUCAGAUGUCCACCAUAUCUUAACGUUGCUUGAGUGGCAAGGAAAGCAGUCCUUUGUUACCUGUAUUCUGGCUCUCUUUGACAAUUCUGGAGUGAGUCUCAGUUGCGGGAUCUUGGUAGGUGAGGAGUGGCGAUAAGUCUUGGGUUGAGAAUGGAGAUAUACUCAUAGACCUGAGAAGAUCCAAAAAUGGAAAGUCUGAUAAACUUAUGAAGCAGAGAAUAGGGAGCAAGUGGACAGAAUAAACAGUCUCCUUUGGCCAUCCUGAUAACAGAAUAAAUUAUUUUAGGGCCCAGGCUUUUCUGAAUUGCAAUUGCAAUGUUUUGUAUAUGUUUCUCUUUCACGUUCUCUGGAUAUGCUCACUUAUUUAGGGCGGGGGUCUUUUAAACAUCUAAUGUUUACAAGGAAUGUACCCGAACUCUUAGAGAAUAACAUCAGGUAUGUUCAGUUGCAUUUUUUUCAUACAUUGGAUAUUGUUAUUCUAGAGGAAUCCAGUCACUCAUCAUCCUGGUUCUGCAAAUCUACUUGGGUUGCCUUCUUGGUCUUUGUUUGACCAAUGGCCAAGGUGGACUUUCCCUGUGACAGCAACAUGGUUUGGGAAGCUAGGCUGUGCCUUACUGGGAUUCAUCACUUUUUGAAGUGGCUCUUCAAGUCAGCUGUAGAGUGAAGUUGAAUGGAGAAACACAACUCGUUGAGGGAUUAUGGAAGUUGGAAGUCUAGCAACAUCUAGAAGUGGUUCCCAACCUUUGGUCCUCCAGGUGUUUGGACUUCAGCCCCUAAAACUGGUCAGAUAGCUGGGAUUUCUGGGAACUGAAGUCCAAAACAAUCAGAGGACCAAAGGUUGGGAACCACUGAUUCUAGAGGGCCUCAUUGGGUGAAGAACAAUAGUAACAUCUAGAGGGCCUUCGUGGUUCCUCUUUAGGUGAAGAACAAUAGGAGUUGGAGCUUAGCAACAUCUAGAGGACCUUUGUGAUUCCUUUUAAGGUGAAGAAUGAUAGGAGUUGGAGUCUGGCAACAUCUAGAGGACCUUCGUGAUUCUUUUUAAAAUGAACAAUAGGAGUUGGACUCUAGCAAUAUCUAGAGGACCUUCGCGAUUCCUCUUUAGAUGAAGAACAAUAGGAGUUGGACUCUAGCAAUAUCUAGAGGACCUUCAUGAUUCUUUUUAAGGUGAAGAACGAUAGGAGUUGGAGCCUAGCAACAUCUAGAGGGUCUUUGUGAUUCCAAUUUAGGUGGAGAACAAUAGGAGUUGGAGUCUAGCAACAUCUAGGAAGUCUUCAUGAUCCAUCAUCUAGGCGUAGUGUUGCUUUCUCCAGGUUUGUGGCAGUUUUUAUGGCUAGAAGAUAUAAAAUGAAGUGUGUAUGCGUACGUGAGCGUAUGUAUGGUUAGCUAAAUAGAUUUGGUGUGGUGUAGUGACAGUUGCAGGGGCAUCUUUUGAGUCAGGGAUAUAGAAGAGCAUUGUGUUCCUUCAGAUCGGUCCUGUUGAACAGGUGGGUUGAUGGACAUCCCAUAGGAAAAUAGCCCUGAUCUGAACUCCAAACGUCCUUCUUAGCUGCAGUGAUAACAUUCCGGUUUUCCCAUGUGCCUCUUAAGUGUUUUUAAUGAUAAUUCCUAUUAAAUCAUGGUGGGGAGAAUUUGCCCCGUUGGGUUCUGCUGUUUUCUAAAGUGCCUUAAUCUAUGGGAACCAAAGCCUGUCUUUCCUGUCUCCCUGGAGAUAGUUUAUUGCAAAUCUUAUACCAAAUGUUUAAGGAAAAUGUGCUUAAAUAUAUAUAUAUAUAUAUUAAUAAUAAAAUCCUGCUUUAUUUAAGGUCA